GCAAAGGCGGCUAGCCUAGCUUCAAACUUCUGCCUUCUGCCUAAAUUCUCUGUUCAUGAUUGAUACCAUCGCUUUUUUCUACUAAAUUUUGAAAACUUCUGUCAUCGAAUCCUCCAGGCAGGUAUGCUUCGCACAGUUCAAGCCGUUCGAUCAGUCUCCACGUCCUUGGUCAGCAAGCAAGAUCUGGUGCAGCAAGCGUUCGUGAAAAAGAUUCGAGAGUAUGCUCAAAAAGGAGGAGAUCUCACCUCAGAUCCAGCGGUGAAAAAGGCUCUGAACGAUGAGCUCAACCGGCUUGCGGCGAAAUUCCAGCUUGCCAAUGCUGACGUGGUAGGCAAGCUACCUACACAAUUUGAGCCUCCAAAGGUCGAUUCGUCGGUCCAACAACUACUUGAUGGCCAAUCACUCUCCAAAAUGAUAGAAGACGUGAGGAAAGAGAAGGAAGAAUAUAUGGCAGCCAAGAAAUCAAAGCAAGCUGCUGAAGAGGCAAGGCUUGCGGCUCUGAAGCAAAUCAAGCAGUAGACUAGGAUAGGUGUAGAAUUUAUGUGCGGAUAAAUCUCAUGAUUGUCGAUGUAUUUGAUUCUGUAUUUGUCUCUUGC